GCGCAAGAGGGAUUUGACAGUUGAGAGUGUGAUUCCGCCCCCCCCCCUGCAAGUCUUCCGUGGGACUCGGAGCCGACCAUGGCGGCGGCGGCGGCGGCUUGCGGCCAGCACGGCGCCGCGAUAUCGGCCGCGAAAAAAGCCCAAACUCGCGAGCAAAUCCGGCGGAACCGCGAGAAUUCAAACCGGAGGAAAGCCGCUCUUUUGUUCCUGUCCAACAUUUCGCUGGACGGGCGGCCGGUCCGCAGCAGCGCUUCGUCAGCCGAGCGGCGGCGCGACGACGCCGUCCCGGAGGACGCCGAGCCGAGCUCGCUCGCUGCCGGGACGCUGCCGGAGCCGGGUCGCCGCGGCGAGACCCGCUCGGGGAGUUUGUCGGCUUCCGCCAGCUGCCGGGACGUGAAAACGGCGCCCGCCGCGGGGCUCCUCGCCGUGCCGCCCAUCGUCGUCCUGCCUGCCGGUUCCGACGCGGAGAGCGCGGAGCCGCUGCUCGGCCGCCGCCGGGACUCCGCGCCCUUGGUGGCCGACGGCAACCUGCUCUCGCCUCCGCCGUCGGCGUCGGCGUCCAACAGCAGCCUCCUGCCGUCGCCCGUGGGACCGCGGAAGUCGUCCACGCUGCUGUCGGUGCAGAGCUGCAACUCGGUGUCCUCCGAGUCGAGGCAAAGGACCCGAAACCUCUCGGGCGGUUCUCCCAGGCCGCGGCACGCCAAGAAAAUCCACUUCAUCAAAAACAUGAAGCAGUACGACACGAGGGGCAGCAGGAUCGUGCUGAUCUGCGCCAAAAGGUCCCUGUGCGCCGCCUUCUCGGUUCUGCCGUACGGAGAGAGCUUUUACCUCAGCGAGCCAAUGUUGACACACCCCCGGAGGAGACACUCGUCCGGGAAUAUUUCCACCUCCUUGGAGAUGGGACUGGAGGGUUUCCACUUAGAGACGUACGGCAGGUCGGUGUCGUACGCCCAGUUCCUGUACCCGACCAACGCACUGGUCAGGCAGAAGCCGUCUUCCGCCGGCGACCUGACGCUGCAGAUUCCCGCGCCAAGGAGCUCUCACGGCGUGCCGGCCAGGAGCCUCCCCUCGAGUCGGCUCAACAGCGCCGUGGGACUCGACCUUGGACUGGAGGACGUGGCGGACUACGACCCCAAUAUUCUCAGUGACCCCCAGUGGCCUUGUGGGAAACACAAGCGGGUGCUGAUCUUCGCCUCUUACAUGACGACCGUCAUAGAAUACGUGAAACCGUCCGACCUGAAGAAAGACAUGAACGAGACGUUCAAGGAGAAGUUCCCUCACGUCAAACUCACGCUGAGUAAGAUCCGCAGUCUGAAGCGAGAGAUGCGAUCGGUCGGCGAGGACUGCGGCCUGCAGCCCGCCACCGUCGCCAUGGCCUUCGUCUACUUUGAGAAGUUGGUGCUGCAAGGACGACUCAAUAAGCAGAACAGGAAGUUGGUGUCAGCCGCCUGCAUUCUGUUGGCCGCGAAGAUUAGCAGCGAUCUGAGGAAACAGGAGGUCAAACAUCUCAUUGACAAGCUGGAGGAGCGCUUCCGGAUCGGCAGGCGGGAGCUGAUCACGUUCGAGUUCACCAUCCUGGUGGCCCUGGAGAUGGCGCUCUACCUCCCGGAGAGUAAAGUCAUGCCACAUUACAGGCGCCUGGUGCAGCAGCAGCAGCUCUAGCUCCCUCUACCUCCCCCCAACGCAUCCUUCGCUCCUCAUUUUGCGCAGGUUUCGGGAGAAGAGGGCGCAAUUCAUUUUUUUUCCUAUGAGAACAAACAGAUACAUAUAUAAGAGAUUAUUUUUUUUCCCCCUAAACAAGACCUCUUUCUUAAAUUCCCCGUGGAUCUGCUUUGUGACGUUCUGGCGGGAGUUCAGUAAAAAGACGUGAACCGUCUUCACCAAAGAACAGAAUUUCAGUUGCCUCCGUUCAAGUUUUGUGGAUAACGGAAGGAUUGCAGGCACUGAGCGAAAGGAAAGAAAGAAAAAAAAAAUGGAUCGCGCAUUCAUAUCUAGCGGUCGGUCGAUUGGUUGUAGCCAGUUGGCCGCCAUCUUGGUACUCCCAAAACCUGCGGAGAACAUCUCUCACAGGUUGGAUUAUGGGCGGGGUUUUUCCUCAAAGUUUGGCAUGUAGAAUUAAAACCGGUCGCGUGAGCUUGACAUUUUUUCACUUCUGGUGACAUGAAGGAUUUUUAAUUGGACUUGGUAAGCCAAAAAAAGGCAAAGUGCAAAGGAAAGACACAGAACACAGUGACUAGCAAGGAACCUUGCAUAUUAGCGAGGGCCCGAUUUCUGUGACAUGUUAGCUUUGACCAAAAUACACUGUGAAGCGCUAUCAUCAUAACGUAGCAAAAAAACAAGCAUUUUUUUCAUCAUAAAAACAUUAAAUUUGAAGUCAAUCACUUCAUAAAAUUUUGGAAAGAAGGACCGGCAAUGGGCAAAUACAUGCUAAACGCAUUAUUUGUGGUCUCUGCGACGUCAGAAAAUUUCAACUUGUUUCCUCACGUUUGAAAAUCACAUUCAAUUUGCAGAGUUGUGUGUUGUGAAAUUCAAAAAAAAAAUUUCACAGAAAAUGUGUUUUCUUGCUUAUCCACGGAUGAAGUUUUGGAAAAUAUUGACGUCGCUUUUUCGCGAAAAACCGUCGGCCUCUAGCAACAACCGUAAAGAAAACUUUGUUCAAGUGAAUUAAAAUCAUCAGAAAACUUAAAAUUUACAAAGAAACUUCAACAGUGUCAAAGUAAAUCUUUAUAAAAUUAUCUGUGGAAUGUUUUCUCACAGCCACGAAACUGGCGAUUCACGCGCAGGUUGGCGUGCUUGUUUUGGGAGUAUCAAGAUGGCGGAUGGGGACUUCAGUUUUGGUGGCCAAUGAGCUACCCAGUCUUUUUUUUCCAGAUCAUUGAUUGCAGGAUGAUUGACAACAUCCGCAUUUCACCUGCGCAUGCACGAAACGUUCUCCAAAGUCGACUUUGUGCACUUUUUCUGCAAUUCUUCCCUCGCCACCCCCGCUCAUCCCCUCUAGUUGGCGUCUCCAUUUCCAGUUUUCUCGAAUUUUUUCAAUCUACUGCUUCCUCGGCGGGCGUCGCAGAAACAAAAACGAGCGACUUCCUGCCUCACAACUCCCAGAAACAAAUUUAACACUCGAGACGGAUUGCAGACGACCAUUUUUUUCCUUCCUUCCAGUCUUAAACCGGUCCGUCAAACGAUUUAAACCAGGGGCGUCAAACCCACGUUGCGCUUGCGCUUUCCCUCAAAGGGCCGUCAUGGCUGUGAAAUGAUAAAAAUCUUUAACCGUAUCAUCAUAUUUACAAAAUUAAAUUUAAGAAAUUUAAAUUUAUGAACUAGUUUUGGAAUCAGAAAUCAAGAGUAAUGGGUUUUUCCAACUAUUGUUUGGUAACACAAAAAUACUUGGAAUAGCUCAACGUUAUCAAUUAAUAUAUGACAAUUUGAAAUUUUGGUACAGAUUUGAACAAAAAAAAAAAAUUAUAGAAGUUGAUGCACAUGGUUUGCCUCCACGGGCCACGUAAAAUCGUGCAGCGGUCCAGAUCUGGCCCCCGAUCCUUGAGUUUGACACCUGUGAUUUAAACUAUUCAAUUUUUAAAAUUUCCACAUUUACGUGUAGGGACAAGCACUUAAACCAAUUACUCUUCCCUCCAUUAGCUUUAUGCAAAUGUCAAACUCUGAUUAGAUUGCGAGGUGUUAACAUAAAUAAUAAUCUCUGCAUGCCCACGUACUGUCAUUUCUAUAUCUCUCUCUCUCUUUCAUAUUUCUCAUGGAGAGUUGUAAGGAUGUGUGUAGGCGACCUCAGCCAAAUAUUUACAGAUUGAGGUUUUGUAGAUAAAUGACCGCAGAAGCAGUCACGGUGGGGGGGGGGGGAUGAUGAGAUCACCCUUCUUUCUUCAAUUUUCUGUUUAUUUUAAUGCCUGUUCACAACUCAAGGUUUAUUGUCUGAAUAUUAUAGUCAACACAACAACAAAAAAUAUAGCUGAUUCCAUAAUACAGUAAAGCUUCGGUUCUCGAACGUCCCCGUUUUCGAAUGAAAUUUUUGAGAUUUAUUUUUUUUUUUGCUUCUGUUUUCGAAUGAAAAUCGGUACUCGAACGCCCCAGACAAAACGCGGAAAUAACACAUUGCCCGCGGCCAGAAGGCAAGUUGCUCGUUUAACGUUAUUAUGCACUUUUGUUAAUAAUAAUUUAAAAAAAAAAAGGUUUACAAGGCCGGAGCUAGUCGCUACAGAUAUGGCAGUGCACUCCCAGCCGAGCGUACUCUACUACUAAAGCAUACAUUUUAAGCAAAAACUAAAUAUAUUUUGUCAAUUAUUUUAUGAUAUAAAGUAUUUAAACUCUUCAUGUAUUUAUACUAUGCAGUUUAUUAUCAGGAAAAGCGACAAAAAAUGCUUUAAAAAGACCAAUUUUUUUAGGCUUGGAACGCAUUGUUUCUUUUCCCAUUCAUUGCAAUGGGAAACAUCGAUUCGGUUUUCGAACAAAUCACUUCUCGAGCCGUUUUCUGGAACGGAUUGUGGUCGAGAACCGAGGCAUCACUUGUACUUGACGUCCUAUGUGGCACGCUUAAGAUGAAUUAUUUUCCAUGGUUUUGCCCCCUAUCAAGAAAACCAUGAAAAAUGUUGAGACAUUCGCUCUUCAAUGAAACUCAUAUCUGCUCUUUUUCUUGUCAUCAUAAUAACGCCCAAUCAUGGCUCCAAAUAAGGGAAGUUGCUCGUUUAAAUUUAUUCUGCAUUUUUGUCCGUAAAAAAAAGUUUACAAGGCUGGAUGCCGAGUUGCUAUAGAUAGGGCAAUGCACUCCCGGCCUAGCGUACUCUACGACUAAAACAUACAUUUUAAGCAAAAACUAAAUAUAUUUUGUCAAUUAUUUUAUGAUAUAAAGUAUUUAAACUCUUCAUGUAUUUAUACUAUGCAGUUUAUUAUCAGGAAAAGCGACAAAAAAUGCUUUAAAAAGACCAAUUUUUUUAGGCUUGGAACGCAUUGUUUCUUUUCCCAUUCAUUGCAAUGGGAAACAUCGAUUCGGUUUUCGAACAAAUCACUUCUCGAGCCGUUUUCUGGAACGGAUUGUGGUCGAGAACCGAGGCAUCACUUGUACUUGACGUCCUAUGUGGCACGCUUAAGAUGAAUUAUUUUCCAUGGUUUUGCCCGCUAUCAAGAAAACCAUGAAAAAUGUUGAGAUAUUCGCUCUUCAAUGAAACUCAUAUCUGCUCUUUUUCUUGUCAUCAUAAUAUUUAUCCACGGAAAAGUACCUUUGGUUGUGCCAAGCAUAAAAAAAUGAACAAGAAACUGAAGAACGGGUGAUGGAAUAUUUCUCCAUGACUGUAUUAACAGGCAAUAUUGACGCCGUUAUUGGCUUCCCCUGCAUUUUUUUAUCCCAUAUGCAAAAUCAAUGUGAAAACGACUCUCCUCAGGUUAUUAUUUUUUUUUUUUUUUGUAAGAUUUUUGGGAACACUUGUCACUAGAGUCAUCGUAAAAGUAUCUACUAAAUAUUAAUAAUUGUGGGCUGAGCCUAACCACCGCAGCGCCUGUUUUUGCAGCAGUUUUAGUGCGAGCAGUGCAAGCCAGCUCGCAACUACAGAAAAAUAUUGAAUUGAAUUUGAUUUUGUCGUUGUUGAACUAUUCAUGAAAAUAAAAUUGUAAUUCACACGCCACGGCGGCGUAUUGGCAAAAAAGAACGGUGAUGGUGGGGCGGUUGUCGCGGUGCCCGUUGGACAUUUGUCUGGUCGACGCCGGUCGGCGCCGGUCAGCGCCGGUCGGCACCGGUCAGCGCCGGUCAUCCCCCGGCCUUUGCUCCCACGGCACCGCUCCUCUUUCUGCGCUUUGCUUCACCGUCCUGAGUUUGGAAGAACUCACCGACAAAAGGCAAUGACAUUUUUCGGACCUCGCGAUACCGGCGCCGGCUUACUGACGUUUUCAGCGACGGGCGCGAGCAGCCGAGCGUCUUUUUCUGACCUGAGGUGCGACGUUGACUUCUCUACAUUAGAGACUUGAUUCUAUGCAGCCUUCGCAUCCCUCGCCACCUUCUUUUGUUUUAUUGAAGACUCUACUUGUAUUUCCAUCAUUUGUCUUCCGUUUAUUUAUGACUAUUUUUCUUAUUUUUGUGUACAUUUGUGCUUAUUUAAGGUUCCGGUUCGAUCAUUGGCGGCAAUGCGGACACGCCUGCAGCAGUUUUUAUGGAAAUGCCCUAUGUAAUAUCAAUAUACGUGUGUUAAUUGAGGAAUUUAGCUCUCGUUUGGCAAAGUUCACGGUAGUACAAACAUGCCGAACACCCGAAAAUGGUGACCGAAAUUGUCACAGUUGCGGCGUUGCCAUUUUUGCCUUCCCGCAUUUUGUCACCCCGCCGAUUUACUCGCAUGAUUUGUCACUUUUUACGCUGCAUUUUCUCUACACGUGCCGUUUAGAUUUUAUGUUUCAUGGGCUCCGGCGAUCCCGCGACCCUUGUGAGGAUAAGCGGCUAAGAAAAUGUGGACAUUUGCAGUUUCUUGUAGCUCUCGGGACUUUUUAUUUUUGAGAUUCAGAUUAGAAAUAGAGCAGCGAGACUGUAUUUUGUUAGAUGAUGUAUGGCAACCUGCUCGAGGAAAAAAAAAUGUUUAUUAAACGUUUAUUUUUGUAAAAAAAAACCUGACCUGGCUUUGAUUUGACAUGAUGCAACAUGCAUGACGGAAACGGAUC